AUGCGCCCGCUCAACAUCGCUGUCUACUUGGUUGCUGUCCUCCACGCCAUGGACGUCGAUCCUGAACUAGCGGCAGCUGUGGGACAACACGGGAGCACUUCGUCUCGGGCUGCUGCAGUGGAUUCCCAGGUGUCGGACACUCAUUUCGUGUACCCAUCGGAAUCCCGAUUGCUGAGAGGGGAGGCAAGCGCUUCUGAACAAGCAGGCGUUGGUCUAGACGUCGGUCCAUUAAUCGAGCUGUCGCACAAGGACAUGGGCGUGGUCAAAUUCGUAAAAGACGAGUUGAAAUUGAAAGACAAGGUCGACGUCGAAAACCUUGCCUUUGUAAGGGCUAUACCAAUCAACUACGUUGAGGCUAAACCAAUUAAUUACGUUGAGGCGGUAGGUCCUCCACACAAUGCGCUGAAGAGUAGCAUCGACAGGAUGAAACGACCAAAGAAGAUGAAGUACCAUAAGAAGUUGCUCGCCAACUACCAAACCAAGAAACAGCCUAACCCUCUGCGCAAAUUGAACGACAAGUACAAGAAGAAGAAUGUGGGCCCGUAG